ACUUCUUAUCAUUAAAAAAAAUAAAAAGAUGAGGAAAAUAGCCAUUUCGGCCCACAUCUAGUAAAGUUGACUGUAAGUCCAAGUGUUCCCUGUGGUACAAGUACGACUACAGUUACGACGGCGAUUUCGUACUCAAGAGAGAAUCCAUCCAGCUUGACCUAGAUGGACCAGUAUGAAAAAGUUGAAAAGAUUGGUGAAGGAACGUAUGGUGUAGUGUACAAAGCUCGUGAUCGUGUAACCAAUGAAACCAUUGCACUGAAGAAAAUUCGGCUGGAGCAGGAAGAUGAGGGUGUGCCAAGCACGGCUAUUAGAGAAAUCUCCCUCUUGAAAGAGAUGCAGCAUGGAAACAUUGUGAGGUUGCUAGAUGUAGUUCACAGUGAGAAGCGAUUAUAUCUAGUGUUUGAAUAUCUCGACUUGGAUUUGAAGAAGCAUAUGGAUUCAUGUCCAGAAUUCUCUAAGGAUCCGUGUCUUGUAAAAGUGUUUUUGUAUCAAAUUCUCCGUGGUAUUGCUUAUUGUCAUUCUCAUAGAGUUCUUCACCGAGAUCUGAAGCCUCAGAACUUGCUGAUAGAUAGACGUACAAAUGCUCUAAAGCUUGCAGACUUUGGAUUGGCGAGAGCAUUCGGUAUUCCUGUCAGAACUUUCACUCAUGAGGUGGUGACCUUAUGGUACAGGGCACCAGAAAUACUGCUAGGAUCACGCCACUACUCUACUCCUGUUGAUGUUUGGUCAGUUGGCUGCAUAUUUGCUGAGAUGGUGAACCAGAGGCCUCUGUUUCCGGGUGACUCCGAGAUUGACGAACUUUUCAAGAUUUUCAGAGUUGUGGGUACUCCAAAUGAGGAUACAUGGCCUGGAGUGACUUCUCUGCCUGAUUAUAAAUCUGCUUUCCCAAAAUGGCCACCUAAGGACUUUGCACCUGUAGUCCCAAAUCUUGAUGCAGCAGGCCUUGAUCUCAUUGGUAAAAUGCUUUGCCUAGACCCCAGCAAGAGAAUCACUGCCCGGAGCGCCCUUGAGCAUGACUACUUCAAGGAUAUUGGGUCCGUUCCGUGAUUGUUUGCACCUUCAUCUUAAGUUCUAAUGUAAAAGAUAUUGGGUUUGUUAUUCUUUGUACCUUCAUCUUGAUUUGUAAUGUAAAUGAUUGUGUUAACUACAAGGUUUUGUUCUUGAGAAAUUGUCCAAUUUUUAGGCUC